CGCCCGCCUGCCGCGCUGCCCGCCUCCCCGCCGCCCGCCCGGGGCCAUGUCCACGGGCUCCGCGAGCGAGGCGGAGGAGCUGCCCGAGAUGGACCUGCGGGCGCUGCAGCUGGACUACCCGCCGCCGCCGGCCAAGCGCCAGCCCCGCGGCGAGCUCUACCCCUCGGGGGACAACUCCUCGGCGGCGGAGGAGGAGGAAGAGGAGGAAGAAGAGGAGGAAGAGGACGGCGAGGGCAGCUGCGCGGCGGGGCCGGCGGGCAGCGGCUGCAAGAGGAAACGGGCGCGGGGCGGCGGCCCCGGGGGCAAGAAGGCGGCGUCGGGGCCGCGGGGGCCGCCGCCCGAGGGGAAGCAGUCCCAGCGUAACGCGGCCAACGCGCGGGAGCGGGCGCGGAUGCGGGUGCUGAGCAAGGCGUUCUCCCGGCUGAAGACGAGCCUGCCCUGGGUGCCGCCGGACACCAAGCUCUCCAAGCUGGACACGCUGCGCCUGGCGUCCAGCUACAUCGCCCACCUCCGGCAGCUCCUGCAGGAGGACCGCUACGAGAACGGCUACGUCCAUCCCGUCAACCUGACUUGGCCGUUUGUGGUUUCAGGAAGACCUGAUUCUGACACCAAAGAAGUUUCUACUGCCAGCAGAUUAUGUGGAACUACUGCAUAGUCAGACUAAAUUGAAGAUUUCUUAUUGUUGAUUUUUUUUUUUAAUGGGUUGGGUAUUUUUAAGAGCUGUGAUUUAUCAGCUCAGGACUAGUAGAUGGGGCAAACUCCUAUCUCUAACAGUGUUAAAUCUGCAUCCCUCAUCAUUCUUUCCCCUUAAUGUUCUGAGGGCAGAUUAUUUAAAGCAGUAAAUAAUGGAGGUGGUUGAAAUUAGAGGUUUUAUGAACUGACUGCACCAGCUGAAGUCUAAGACUUGGCUUCAUCAUUCUUACCACUGCCUGAGGACCUGCUGUUCUGAGGCUUUUAAACUAAUGGAAGAGGAAUAUAAUGAUAUAGAAUUAACAGCAUGGACCAAAAUACAAUUCUACAAACUAACCCCAGUGUUAUUUGUAUUGUAAAGCAAAACAGUAUUUUAAAAUAGCUUUGAAAGUCAGAUAGAUUUAUAAUAUAUUUUGAUGGCUUUUGUAUUCAUGGGUCUGGUUUAUUGCAACUAUGCAAUUAGUCAUACUUUUUUCUUUUGGUCCCUUUGAUCAGAGUUUUCUUAAAAAUGUGUAAGUGGACACAUUCUGUUACAACUCAUUGGAAUUAAAGUAAUUCCUUUGGUUAUGUCUUGAAAUGCCACAUGUAAGAAUGUAGGACUGUCCCUAGAAAUGUGGCAGAGUUUCUGUGCCUUAAUCUGGAAGGGAAUUCUGCUUACUGUAAGGCCAGUGUGCAUGUGUUUUAAAGAAUGUGUUUGUAUGAUGCUGCAAAAUAGCAAGAAUUCACAGUGUUUUAAAUAUUUUUCCUGUACUGUUAUGUUUAUCAUUGAGAAGUUUACUCUCAAAUGAGUUAGUGUGUCAUUUCCGUACAGAUUCAAACAUUGUAAUAAAAAAACGAUGCCAUCAAAUAAGUUGCAAAUGUAAAUAACUCUAUUUUUUUAUAAAUGACAUUAAAAGCUUGGUUACAGUGACUUACUGGUACUGUGAUAGUGUGUGUCUGCAUCCAUAUGUGAGCAUCUUUGUAAUGCAUGUUCUUGAAACCCACUUUUGUAAACACUGUUAUCUUCUCCAUCUCUUGAGGGCAGAUACAUCUCCAGCAACAGAGUCAGAUAAAAACACUUUCACCCCAAACAAUUUAUUCGAGGUGCAGUACUAUAUAUCAAUCAGCAGGGAUGGCCAAGUUUUAACAACUUACAGAAUGUUCUGUAAUAUUCUCUUCUGUGCAACAGAAUAAUAAAUAAAUGCAGAUUAAGAAAUUGA